AUGACUUUUACGCCUGGGGUUGGCCCGGAUGGGACUGCACCGCCUAACUCCUCCGGAAUUCAUGUUAUUAUUGUUGGCCUCGGUGUGGCCGGUUUAACAGCGGCUAUUGAGUGUUAUCGAAAGGGCCACAGGGUUACCCUUUUCGAAAGAUCCCCGGUAGUGAAAGGUGUUGAGGGUGACGGCAUCACCAUUGGGGCGAACGGCUCACGCGUCACUGCCAAAUGGGGUGAUGGGGCUGUACACGAGCGAAUGUUACCUUUCCGGUUCUUUAUCGAGAAGAUCAAGGUCAUCGAGUAUACAGGCUAUGACUUGGGUGAGUUUGAGCUACGUGGGUAUAACCGAGGUGACGGAUAUACCCUCAAUCGAGGCACGUUGGUUACGGUCAUGUAUGAGCAUGCGCGCGAACUUGGGAUAGACAUCCGUCUAAACUCUCCUGUGACUGACUACUGGGAGACGGACUACGAAGGAGGUGUUGUGGUCCACGGGGAGCGCUUUGCAGCAGACUGUGUCCUCUGUGCAGAAGGUGUGCACAGUAAGGGCAGGGAGAAAAUUACCGGAGAACAGCUUGUUUCAUGGGAGACUGGCUGGUCCGCAUUCCGAGGCUGCUUGAGUACGGAUGCGGUAGCGGCUGAUCCUGCAACCCGAUGGGCCCUUGAUAACGCUGAGAAAUAUGAUCAGACAGUUGGCUGGGUAUCAGAUGAUAUUCACUUCGCACUGUGGAGAGGGAGAAAGGGAAAGGAGCUAUUCUGGUACUGUACCCAUGAGAACGAGUACGCUGCGGAAGAGGGAUGGGAUGGUAGUACAGAUGUGGUUGAGAACGUCCUUGACACCAUCAAGGAUUGGCCUGUGCGCCCGCAGUUGGAGCCACUCAUUCGGAAAGGGAAGGGAGGUUGGUAUGUCGAUCAGAAGUUGGUGACAAGGGAGCCAAUGCAGACAUGGCUGUCUCCUCGUCGAAGGAUGAUGGUUAUCGGAGAUGCCUCUCAUGCCGCUCUUCCCUCUAGUGGCCAAGGGGCUAGUCAGGCAAUUGAAGAUGGUGCCGUUCUAGCGAUUGCACUGGAGCUAAGUGGAAAACAAGAUGUUCCUUUGGCUCUGUCUGUCGGGAUGGCGAUCAGACACGCACGAGCAUCUGUGAUCCAACGUGGGGCGCCACUAGUUUUGAAAUCCAUGAUGAAGACUACCUGCAGAGAUUUGCGGAAGGAUCUAAGUGGCGUUACUCCUCCACAUCCAAGUUGGAUUUUCGACCAUGAUUGUCAAGAGUAUGCUUAUCGCGAGUUUGCAAAGGCUGCCAACUCCAUACUCACUGGCCAACCCUAUCAGCCCACCAAUGUUCCAGCGGAUGGGGUGUAUCGGCUAGAGUAUAAUAGUCGGCCGGUGAAUGGUCAGCCAUGA